UAACAAUUUUAAGGACAAUGAAGGCAACUUCAAGAAAUCACUCAUCACAGAUGUGCCCGGAUUGCUAAGUCUAUAUGAAGCUUGUCAUUUAAGGUGCCAUGGCGAUGCUAUUUUGGAAGAAGCACUUCCUUUUGCUAUAACUCACCUUGAGUCAAUUGAUGAAAUGAAAGUAAGCACUAGUCUCGCGAAACAAGUGAGUCAUGCCCUAAAGCAGCCACUUCGCAAAGGUUUGCCGAGACUUGAGGCAAGGUGUUAUAUUAUACUCUACCAAGAAAAGCCUUCACAUGACGAGGUAUUGCUCACCUUGGCUAAACUAGAUUUCAACUUACUGCAAGAGCAACACCAGAAGGAACUCGGCGGGAUUACAAGGUGGUGGAAGAAUAUAGAUGUUGCAAGGAAGUUCCCAUUUGCUAGAGACAGGAUUGCGGAGUUGUUCUUCUGGAUGGUGGGAGCAUAUUUCCAACCGGAGUUUGCAAUGGCCAGAAAUAUACUUACCAGAGUGACUGGACUAAUUUCCAUUCUCGAAGAUAUUUAUGAUGCUUAUGGCACAUUGGAGGAACUUGGACCCUACACCGAAGCAAUUGAGAAGUACGUCAUCCGCAUUCUUUUUCUCGAACUUCUGAAUUUGAUCAAGUAUGUGUAGAGUAAGUGCGUCAAUUAUAAGGAAUCGAACUCAGGUGGGAUGUUGAUGCCAUGGAUGGACUACCAUAGUACAUGCAAGCUCAUUAUAAGGAGCUUCUCAAUCUCUAUGAUGAAAUUGGGAAUGAUCUAGCCACAAAAGGAAGAUCAUACCGCCUUGCCUAUGCAAAAGAAGCCAUGAAGAAGCAAGCGAAAGGGUACUUUCAUGAAGUCAAAUGGUUCCAUUCCGGCUACACACCAACACUAGAGGAAUACAUGCCCCUUGCAUUAUUAACGACGGGAUAUGAAGCAUUAUCGAUCACAGCACUUGUAGGAAUGGGCGAUGUGGUUACAAGAGAUGCUUUUGAAUGGUUGCUCAGUGAUUGCAAGAUUUUGAGGGCUUCACAAAUCAUAUGUAGGUUCAUGGAUGACAUUAGUUCUCACAAGUUUGAGCAAAAGAGGGGACACGUAGCAUCUUCGGUGGAGUUGUUGAUGAAAGAAAAUCGCAUCUCGGAGCAAGAAGCUGAGGAGGAACUCCAGAAACGAGUUGUUGAUGCAUCCAACCGCAGGCCCAAUGUCGGUUCUCACCUUGAUUCUCAAUCUCUCACGGGUGAUCGAUGUGUUAUACACCAAGGGAGAUCAUUACACCCACUCCAAGACUAAGCUCAAAGAGCAUAUCACAUCACUCUUUGUUAGUCCCCUGCCGAUUUGAAAUUUGAACGAAAUAUCAUUACACCAAUGUUGUAUUGAAAAUAAAGGGUCUAUCAAUCAUGCCUUUGAACUCUCUAUUAUUCUAGAAUGCAUGAGGAAACAUACUUUCAAAA